AUGGACGCCCUCCCUCUUGCCAGCGUCUGCCACGAUGUCCCUUUCAAUAACUAUGAUGCUGACUUGUGUGCGGAACUCCAAGACACAUGGAAUAAAACCAAGUUAUCCCAUAUCGACAGUCCCUCCGAGGUGUUCAACAUGUACUUCAAGAACUACACCUGUGAUCCAUUCACUCCUAGGUCUCAGCCUUGUGAGCUGGGCAACUCGGUCAGCUACGUGAUUGAUGUGAGAUCUGCCGAGGACGUCAGGGCAGGGAUCAACUUUGCUAAGGAGCACAACAUCCGGCUGGUCAUCAAAAAUACGGGCCAUGAUUACGCGGGCAAGUCGACGGGAAAAGGUGGGCUGUCCCUGUGGACACAUAACCUGAACUCCACCCAGUUUAUCCCCACGUACGAGUCCUCCUACUACAGCGGGCCAGCUAUCAAGCUCGGGGCCGGCGUUCAGGGGUUUGAGGCAUAUGCUGCGGCUAACGCGACGGGACACCGCAUCGUUGGCGGCGUCUGUCCGACGGUGGGGAUCGCAGGCGGGUUCAGCCUGGGCGGAGGCCACUCGAUCCUAUCUAACAACCACGGGAUGGGGUCAGAUAACGUGCUGGAGUGGGAAGUAGUCACCAUGGACGGGAGACACCUGGUGGCGAGCCCGGAGCAAAAUUCGGACCUGUACUGGGCCCUCAGUGGUAGUGGUCCGGGCGCCUUUGCCGUUGUGCUUUCCAUGACAGCCAGAUUACAUGUAGACGGCAUUAUUGGCGGGGCUACGUUGGCGUUCGAUGAUAGCAAGGUUGGAAACGACGAAUUCUGGGACGCAAUUGGGAGCUUUCACGAGCUUCUGCCUCCCUUUGUGGACGCUGGCAACUCCUUUCUCUACACUCUGACGAACCACGCCUUCUACUGCUUUGCAGCCACAAUGCCUGGUGCGGAUCUAGACCAGGCAAAUUCCCUAAUCAAGCCCUUUCUGGACGAUCUGGCGGAUCGCGGAAUCGACUACCAGUAUUCCCCCCGUGUGUCUCGCAACUUCCAGGAGCAUUUCUCUGCCCACCUGGGUGAUUCGCCGGAAGGCCUGGUCGAUUUUGCAACGUUUUCUGGAAGCCGUAUCAUCCCACGGCAGAUGGUCACAGACCAAACAAAGAACAGGGUCAUCACGGAACUUCUGCGCAACGCUUCCUUGGUGGAUGGAUACUCCCCGAUGCCCUGCGAGGCCCUCAAUGUCAAGUGGCAGUCGCAUCCUGACAACGCGGUGCACCCUGCCUGGCGUGACGCCCUUCUUUUCUGCGUCACUUCGGGACACUGGGAUCCUACCGCUAGUCCGGCUGAAAUGGCCAGGCGGCAGGAUUUCGCGGUGAAUGUCAUGCAGCCCAUGCUGGAUAGGGCCACGCCUGGCGGGGGAGUCUAUCUGAACGAGGCCAACUACAAGCAGCACAACUGGCAGGAGGAGAUGUACGGAAGCAACUAUCCGAGAUUGCUUCAAAUCAAAAACAAGUACGAUCCAGAGUCUCUCCUCUACGUCAAUGCCGGCGUGGGCAGUGAAUCUUGGUUUGAGGAUACAGAUGGGCGACUUUGUCGGGCUGAAGAAAAUCAGCCGAGCGUUUUGGACUUCUCUCAGUUCAUAUUAUAG